GUGCGCCCACGGCAGCCAUUUUAACCAAGUAGAUUCAAUCGAGAACAACGUGAGCGCAGUCUGUUUUGUCGAAGGAUAUUUUGGCGGCGAAUAGAAAUUCGCUCUCUGUAGUAGCGUUUAAGGAUUAGCGGGAGAUUUUUUUUCACACAAAAAAACGAGUUAUUUGCUAGUUAGAUAUGUCUCGUGACCGUUUCAGGAAUCGCGGCGGUGGAUUUCAGCAGCGAGGCCGAGGAGGCAGCGGCGGAGCAGGAGGAAUGCGGGGCGGAAUGGGAAACCCAAAUUUUCGAAAUAAUCCACAGCACCCAUUUCAGAACCGCGGCCCUCAGCCUGGAGGUGGAGUUGGUUUUAAUAAACCCAAUCAAGGAAAUCAAGCGAACCAGGGAACACCGCAGAAACCAGAGGGGACUAAUGUUGCCCCGAAGCCUGAGAUGAAGUCACCCCCUCCUCCUCAGCAACAGCAACCGCAGCAGCCUGAUGCACAGAACAAGGCACAGGCCCCGCAGCAGCAACCACAACAAGAAAUACAACCUCCUCCAGCACCACAGUUACAGUCACCUCCAACGAAAAAUGUCACUCCCAAACCAGAGCCUUUAACACCACAGAACCAACCCCGGAAAAAUCAACAAAAGACGCCAGGCAGUGGAAAUUUCAACCAGAAGCCUCCGGAGAGUGGAGGCCAGCCCUCGGGUGGACCAGACUCCGCUGAGAAGCAGGAAUUAAGGGCAGCACUCUCAAUGCUGCGCAAACCUGGGGAGAAAACGUACACUCAGAGAUGCCGACUGUUCAUCGGCAACCUGCCCAACGACAUCACCGAAGACGAGUUCAGAAGAUUAUUUUCUAAAUAUGGAGAGCCAAGUGAAAUCUUCAUCAACCAAGGCAAAGGUUUUGGCUUCAUACGUCUGGAGUCACGUGCUUUAGCAGAGAUUGCAAAGGCCGAACUAGAUGAUAAACCAAUGAAAGGCAGACCCCUCAGGGUUCGCUUCGCCACCCAUUCGGCUGCAUUAUCUGUCCGCAAUCUGUCCCCAUAUGUCUCCAAUGAGCUUCUCGAGGAGGCUUUUUCACAGUUUGGAGUCGUCGAAAGGGCGGUGGUGGUUGUUGAUGAUCGAGGACGGUCUGUUGGAAAAGGCAUUGUCGAGUUUGCUACCAAGCCUGCAGCUCGAAAAGCUCUUGAUCGGUGCAAAGAUGGAGUCUUCCUACUCACAUCGUCACCACGUCCGGUUGUUGUUGAGCUGAUGGAUCAGUUUGAUGAUGAGGACGGUCUGCCAGAGAAGCUUGCCCAGAAGAACCCAAGUUAUCAGAAGGAAAGAGAGAACCCUCCACGUUUUGCCAGACCAGGCACUUUUGAGUUUGAAUACUCACAGCGUUGGAAGUCUCUGGAUGAAAUGGAGAAACAGCAGAGACAACAGGUGGAGAAAAAUAUCCGUGAGGCUCGGGAGAAGCUGGAGGCAGAUAUGGAAGAUGCCUACCACGAGCACCAAGCCAACUUGCUUCGUGAAGACCUACUUAGGCGACAAGAGGAACUGCGACGCAUGGAGGAGAUGCAUAAUCAGGAAAUGCAAAAACGCAAAGAGAUGCAGAUUAGCUUUCUAUUUGGCAGGCAAGAGGAGGAGCGGCGCAGACGAGAAGAGGACAUGAUGCGACAGCGAGAAAUGGAGGAGCAGAUGAGGCGCAAGCGUGAGGAGUCCUACAGAAUGAGUGGUUUCAUGGACAAUAGGGAUAGGGAGAUGAGGAUGGGUUCUGGAGGUCUCGGAUUGGCAGAUAUGCCUUUUGGCGCUAACAACCAGAAGUUCCCAUUGGCCAGGAUGGGCUUUGAUGCUCAUCAGGGACUCGGUGGACCAGUGGCAGGGGGCAUGGUGCCCAACGAAAUGCACAAUGAGCGUUUCCCUCAAGGCGGCCCUGCAGGUCCGAGGGGUAUGGGUCCUGGCAAUUCAGGAUUCGGCAGAGUCCGUGAGGAAUUCGAAGGACCUGCCAAGAAGCCACGCUUCUGAUCUGGCACUUUUUUAUAAAGCAGAGCUUUUUUCUGGAUUCCCAGUGGGUCUGGGGUCUUUAAUUAAUGUAUUUAAGUUUCAGAUAUUCCAUUUGAAUUUUAGCUUAAAGAUCCUUUUUUUUGUGGCAAUUUUUUUUUUUAAGUAACUUGUGUGUUCAAAUUUAGAUCACUGUAGUGAACUCUGCUCGGCAAGUGUGUCCUCUUGCUCGCACAUCCUGUUGUAUUCUCCUUUUUCUACGUAUAUAAUCAAACAAUGUUACUUGUUAUGCUGGUCACUUCUGUAAGUUGUUCUGCUGUUUCUAUGGUUGUUUUUGUGCCAUUCAACAUUUUGAGAUAAUCCAUGUGAUUUGCAAUAAAGAGUACAUUUGAUUGUUCAAACCCCAAUUUAACGUUUUGGCACCGUUUGUCACAAAAAAAAAAUCACUCAGCACUCUUGAGAAAGCGCCGAUCCAUCAAAUAUUUGGGGUUUGUUUCUUGUUUAUCUUAAAUUCAGUUAACUGGAACUAUCUAGGGUUAUGGACCACAUGGAUUAAUUAACACAGGGGUGGACAAAUCAUAAAUGCAUUAGCUCAUGUGCCAACAAAAAAUAAAUACAAGCUCUGAACUGUUGAAAAUCCAGUCCCAUCUUAAAUUAGUAAAUGGGCUGGUGAGUAAAUUACGAUAUGUGACAAUAUACAGUAGUGAAACUCGCGUAUCUUGCAUUUGAUUCUUUUGAUGGGGCGAAGCUUCAGACGCACUCGCUCUCAUUAGUGAAAAGGAAUUUGUGCUGGGCAGUUCUUGGAAAUGAGUCUCUCAUACACAAGAAAUGUGUUCAUAGUGGAGUGUUAUUUCCGCUCAUACUAGGGGAACAGAGUUUUAAAAAAAUGGUUCCUUUUCCUACCCGUGCAAUUUUACUGAUCUUGCACCACCCACCUGAUGCUUUGUGUGGAAUGUUCAACUCCAAGAAGUACCUGCUCAAUGUUAAACGCCAAGAACGGUGCCUGCAUUAAACUUGCAGAUCGUCUCCUUUUGACCCGUAAUCCGGGUUAAGAAUCUAGUUCAUACACUUCCAACACUUGCAUUACACACACGGUGGUGAAUCAACAAGCUAAUAGUGUGUUUAGUUUAUUUCAAGAAAAAAAAAACUCCGAUGACAAGGUAAUAUUGUUGGUCUUUUUUAGUUCAGUACUGUGUAUUUUUGCGCAUACUGUAUUAAGCAAGUUGCACGUGAACCUACAACAAAAGGUUCUUUGCUAGAGUUGUGUGUAAAUUGUGGUGGUCUGUCCUCGGAGAACAUGAACCUAUUUACACCUAACUACUGCAGGUAGGCUAAUCUGCUACAAUGAAUUGCCCUUAGUGUCAUUGUUGAUUUCCACUUUUCACUUAAUUUUACAGGAUAGACCCGGAACCCUGACAAUGAGUCAGCAAGUUAGCCUGAUUAUUAUGGUCUGGUUUGGAAUGAGUUUGUGCUGUACUUAUGCCAUUAGUUGAUAAUGGACCACUUUGGAACAAUAUAAACACAACACCUGUGCCAACUGAAGGCUUGUUUUACACUAAGGAUGUUAUUUAUCCCCUUUUUGUGGUUGGGGUAUCUAUUUGUCUGCCUGGCAGUUUUGAAUAAAAAUAUUGAUAAAAUAAACAUUAAACGUACUUGUCCAGGGUGUAUGGGCUAAUGAUUUGUCCACCUCUGAACUGCAUGCUAAUGUGCCCAGUUUAGGAUUGUGCAGUUUAAAAUGGAGGCUCAAAGAACUUUCAGUGGCCUGGCAUGCCUUAAAUUCAGUGCACAAUUGUGUAAGAGGGGGGAGGGGAGGAUCAAACUUUUUAAAACCUGAAUUUGCAUUAGGUAAGUUUAUUUUUAUUUUUUUUCCUUCAUGGUCAGUUAAUGCCAUUUACUUUAUGCACAUCAUUUAGCUAAGAUCUAUUGAUGUCUCCUGCCGAACAAUGUCAAGGACACACAUUGUAAUUACUUGCACAAGCAAACCUUCAGAAAAUUGAAGCCAUAUUCAUAAAGAUUAAAGGUAGCAAAAUUGUACAAGAACCUAAUACUUCACCAUAUGGGUUUGAAGCAUGCCCCGCAACCAUAAAAAUUUACUGCUCAAAGCAAAGUAGGCAAAUUUGUAAGAAUAUUAAUCCAAUAUUUUGAAAUACUUAGGACUUUUUAGUUUAGAAUGCUGCCAAUAUUGCAAAAUCUAUGGAUCAAUCAGCCCUCUAAUUAUUGUAGGAUUGUAGGUGAAUUUGUUUUAAUAUAUUCUUUGCUCUAAAGGCUUAAAUUUGAGGACUGAUUACUUCUUUUCUGUUUUUUUUUUUUCCUUUUUCUGCAUGUUAAUGGAAAUUCUCAGACUAACUAGAAUUUGACUAAUUAGCCUAUGUAUGUAAUGCAGUUUUUAUAUAAUGACCAUAGGGUGGAUUUCUUGUAUGGCUGGAGCUAAAUACAUCCAUAAAAUGUCUUUUGCUUUUGUG